AUGCCGACCAAGCGCAGAAACGGCGGCCGUUCCAAACAUGGGCGGGGGCAUGUUAACCCGGUCAGAUGCAGCAACUGCGGCCGAUCAUGCCCUAAGGACAAGGCUAUCAAGCGUUUUAGCGUCCGCAAUAUCGUCGACGCCUCCUCCCAAAGAGAUUUGAGGGAGGCCUCUGCCUACCAUACGUACAACCUGCCCAAGCUGUACAUCAAGCACUGCUACUGCAUUUCCUGCGCGAUUCACUCGCGCGUUGUUCGCGUUCGCUCUAGGGAGAGGCGCAGGAUCCGCGCCAAUCCCCAGGCACGCCCUCACGGCAACAUGGGCGGGAACCGCAACUGA